CCUUGCUGGAGGCAAUGAAAGAGUGUGGUCGGAGUCACUCCGCUCUGAUGUCACAGGGUGUGUUUGAUCGUCCCUGCUUGCGCUGCCUUUAUUUGGGGAGGUUAGUGAGGGCUGUUUAAACGUCAAGGUGAAUGUACUUGGAGUCGAUCUAAAACUAUCACAGUGUUGUAAAGAAACGCAAGGUGUGUGUUUUCAUUACUUGUCAGUGAAGAUAGAAGAUUCUGAAUAUUUAAAGAAGAGUAUAUAUAUAUAUAUAUAUAUAUAUAUAUAUAUAUAUAUAUAUAUAUAUAUAUAUAUAUAUAUAUAUUAAAAAAAAACAGCACACCUGAAAGUGACUUGGCCGCUGAACUUUUUCGCUGUGUAAAAAUGGAAGACAUCAGCUCUGCCAUGCCGACGAGGCUGUUGAAUAAAGGUCCAGAUUACUUACGAAAACAGAUGGAACUGGAAACCAAAGGAAAGCCGAGUGCUGUGGAAAGGUUAGCCGCUGACAAAGUUAAGUAUGUAAAAAGUCAACAGGUGAUUAAUUCUAAGCAGGAACCAGCGAUAACUUUGAGUUCGGCUUCAGAGAGCGGCAGCAAUGGAUCUGGUUCGUUUCACAGUGGGGCACGCUGCAUUAAUAACAAUAAGGUUGAAAACGAGGAUCUUCAUAACGCGAAUAAUGCAUCCGAGACUCUACCUGCAAGUUCGCCUAUUGUCAGGCGCGGCAGUUCAAAAAAGCAAAGACGAGACUCGUUGAUGAUGUACCGACAAAAAUGUGACAAAAAUGUAAAGGUGUCCAUUAAUGACAAUUCAAAAGGGAGUCUAGUGCGGAGACUGUUUCAAAGCUCACUCAAAGAGAAAUAUGUGAAUUCACCUCAGGUACAGUCGGUGCAGAAAGACACUGAAAGUAAAUGCAUUGUACCAGAGGAUAAAUCACAGCUGGAAAUUGAAACAAACACACGAAAAAACACUCAAGCUACCUGUGUCGACAGCCACAAACUAUCCCUAUCAGCUAUUGCAAGGGUGAAGGACACAAGCAGAACGGGACUUUUUCGGUCACAUUCUGAUAUAAGCUCUCGAUAUUCAAAAUCUUUUGCCGACUUUGAUUCUUUCUUUAAGUACUGUGGGCUUGACACUGAGGAGAUUGAAACCUUAGGUAAAGAAAACUUCUCUGCUGUUUCAGACAGGGUUUCAUUAAAAAUCCGCAGCGUUAGUGUGGCAACAUCAGAAGACGGGUUUUCAAGACACAGUGGAGACAGUGACGGUCUCUUAGAAGAGGCGCUUAAUGAGAAAAGGGGCCCUACAAGUGGGCCUUCGGUGAUAGAGCGCAAUGCCAGAAUCAUUAAAUGGCUGUACAGUUGUAAGAACGCCAAAGAAUCUGGCAAAGCAUUACGAGAACUUGAAUAACACUUUUACAUUGUUCUUACUUUAUAGUGUUUUGUACUUUUAGAUUUACUAUUUAUUUAUAGCUAUUUUUCUGUGAAUGUAACUUACUGUAACUUUUUUUUUUUUUUUUUUUUUUUUUUUUUUUUACGUAAGGUCAUCCAACACGUUUUGAAAAAGUGAAAUUUGUAGACGGUUUAGUAGAUGACAGAUCUAUUGGUCAUACAUAGGCCUAUACAAAUGUGAAAGCAAGAGAUUCGAAUUUGUUUUACCCUAAAUUAAGACUUCAUUUGCGACUGUUUUUUGAGAAUUAAUCUACUGGGUUGUAUUAAUUGUAGUUAUUAAACAUAUGCAUUGUGUGUGUGUGUGUGUGUGUGUGUGU